CAUCAACGUUCAGUCUCGACCUGCUCGUCGACCACUUAUGACGUGUGUUUUUCACUGGAUGUGCACAUCUCGCGUACUUGCGCUAUUUCCAAAGAGCCGGCUUUUUCCGAACAAACCAUUCUGCAUACAACAAGAAGUGUGUGGGAUUUCGACACGAGCUUUUCAGCUAGGAGCUGUUUGUGCGUUCGUUCAUACAUCCGAAGAAAGGUGAAAUCCAAAGGGUGGACGAUAAUUGUCUAACCUGUUCUAAUCACGCAGUAAGGUGUUUUUGUGGGAAAGUUUAAACUGUUCACAAGUGGAUUGGUUUCUCUUUAUUCCAAGAGUGUUUGCCAAAUUCUGCGUUCUGAUCUGCGGUUUGGAUUGAAGUUGUGACGAAUAGUACAAAAGUGUUUAUUUUCAAUUAAGCGUUCAGUUGUACAUACUGUUUACCGUGUUUGGUGCAUCGGGAACCUGUUCCAUCAAAGUUUGUCUAACGGAUCGGUCAUUUUAAAGGAUUUGAACAAAAUGUUACUGCGAAAUGGCAUAAGCUUAAUUUUACUGCUAAUGUGUGUGCUUUCCACGUUACAAGCAGCGCCGAAUGGACAUCUUCACAGCGACAGCGACGCCGAUGUGGUGACGAUCAAAGCAAAUGAGAACGAAACAGUCAAAAUGGCAAAAUCAUUACCGGUCGGCGGCAGUAGGGUCAAGAAAUCCAACCUCAAAUCGACACCAAUUACCUACAUCACCACGCUAGCGGACGAAGCCCAUCUGCACCACGCCAAGCCGAAGAAGUACAACGGCAAAUCGAUGGCGAAAGCCCGCGACGACAAAGAACUGCAGCAGCACAAGAAAGGCAAAGUGAAGCACCAUCACUUGGAAAAAUCCAACGGAAAGUCACUGGAGGUGCCGAAAAAGGAACCUCUGGACAAUCCAGCCCUGCUUAGCAAACUGGGUCUUGGCAAGCUGCAUAUCUCCUCCAGUCACCACAAGAAACGAUUAGCGGUGGAAUCCCGCCACCACGGUCGACCCGAUGACUCACAUAUGUUCGUGAUCAAGCUGCCACCGAAUCCGUACUACUACACCAACAAUGGACCGGUUCCGGCGCCCAACGCGAUCGAGGAUGUAGGCAAAAAGGUCCCUGUGGGUUUCAAAUCGAAUGGAAAGCCCGGUCGCAUCUACCAUUGGAAUAUCCCCGUGUUGAAGAAAAUCCUCGGAAACAAUCAAGGACGUAAUCCGAACUCGCGCCAUCACGACAACAUCGAUGAGCUAAUCGACAUAAAAGAUAUCCCCACGUGGAGCAAACCGUGGGAGAAUGAAGCACUGGAUAAAUCGCUGAUAAAGUUCAAUAGCGUGGACCGUAUGGAAAAGCUCCAGAAGAAGAAAUCACCGUCGUAUUACGCACCUAUCAAGGCUAAGAAGAGCGCCCAGGGAAAGUACUAUGCAAGCAAUGGCAAACCCCAGAGCUUCUACGUCAUCGAAAAAAGCCUCCAGAAGAAUCUCAAACCCAUUCAGCACCACAAACUGAUUCCGUAAAGAGAAUCAUACCGGUUAUGAUCUUCUUGCCAGUUUGUUGAGUAUGAGAGAAACGCGAAUAGAUAGUACAUAAGAAAAGUUGUAACCGUGCUUAUAGUGGGGAAAUAUGAAAACAACGUACAUACAUUGAGCUUUAUACGAAUUAUACAAGAGAGCUUUUCUGUAUAGGGAAAAGCCGUUAGGCGGCAGUGUUUGGUUGGUGUCUUUGGCGAUUAUUCACCAAAUCUUUUGUUACAUUGAUCGAUGCGGUUGGAAAUGUUUCAAAGGCAUCAAUCGAAAUGGUGAUUUUUUGGAUCAUAUAUUUAUUUUCUCUCAGCCGAAUCUGGGUAUUAAUGAGCAAGCGCACACAUUUUUUAAAUAUAAUUAACAAAUACCUUUAAGAUUAUAUAUAGAUAGCUAGGCUAGGUUGUAGAUCUUUGAUCAGAAGCAAUUGAAAGACUAAAACUUUUAUGAUAGUACGUAAGGGACAUGUAAAUUGAACUUAACAUACCGACAGCUAAAAUUUCUUUAGAGCCACUUUUCUGGACUUCCAUAUUUCUAAUGUUUGAAAAUGUAACAAAUAUUGUGCAUUCUUUUCGAUCCAGUGAUAACUUUGAUUGUAAAAAUAAACCGAAACGUUCCGAUAUGUUUCAUAAUAAAAUAAAAUCCACAACAAAAA